AAUGCUACUUCCAGUUGCUCUUAUUUUCUACUGCAGGAACGAGAUCUUGAUGGUGUAACAUACGCAUGCCCAAACCCACACCUGAGGCAAUCAGAAGUUCAAGGUGGAGGUAGGAAUGAUUGCAUUUGCAAGUCCGCUUCCCUUGCAGAACCAUGUAAAAUGUCAGUGUGCAUUUCGAGGAAAGGUAAAUCGGCAGCCUGGAAGAGUACAGUAACUUUUGACUACUGCAUUUCUUAACUUUGUCGUGAAGAAAAGUGAGACUGAUGCAGCCUCAGGAUGUUACACUGUCUUACACUGACUUUGCUUUUGGUGCUGGAACUAGGGGAAUCGGAUCCCACUAGGCGGCUGUCUCUACUCCACCACUAUCCAGGUCAUGGUACAUCUGCCCCCAGUUCUGUGUUUGCUUAUGACUCCACAAACAAAAGUAAUGAUAAGGGAUCAGAAACUUUGAUAAAUGGAGCAACGGAAAACAUAGAAGUUACUACUCUCUUCUCUGGGGAGAAUCAGCAAGACAACAUAGAAGUGAAUGAUAUUGAAAAGAAAGCAUUAGUACCUGAAGCUGUUACAGGGAUGCAAAAAGAAUCUGCCAUUUUUUCUUUGGAUAUUGACAGAACAGGCACAAAUCAGGAUAAUGAGCAAACCAUUAAAUACCAGAAUGCUGGAAAUGAAGGUGGGGAAAAUUGGCAGAAAGCAAUUAAGUGGAACAAUAUAGAAAAACACGACUUUCCACCAGAUAAAUGGUUACCAAAUGAAGAGACUGCAGAAAAAGAAUGGCAAAAUUUAGGAGGCAGCACCUGGGAUCCCAGAGACUGGAGCAGCUUUACACAAAUGGAUAAUCCUUCUUCUACUUCCCUGUCAGAAACCGUGCAGAUGUGGAGGGAGUACCGGAAUCAGUGCUUGAGGCAUAUGUCACAGACCCCAUUCCCAGAGGGAGAGCCAUUCUGUAACAGAACAUUUGAUGAGUAUGCUUGCUGGCCUGAUGGAAUACCAGGAAUGUUUGUAAAUGUCAGCUGUCCAUGGUACCUGCCUUGGGCCAAGUCUGUGUCUAAUGGUAGAGUAUACAGAUACUGUACAGCAGAGGGAAAGUGGCUCCACACAGAAAAUUCAACAAUUGCUUGGAGAGACCUUUCAGAAUGUGAGGAACACAGGAACCUGGAGCAACAGAAACAGCUUCUUCUGUUGUUGUCAGUCACCUAUACAACUGGAUACUCACUUUCUUUCUCUGCACUUGUUAUCGCCACCUUCAUUCUCCUGGGCUUCAGACAUUUGCACUGCACAAGAAACUACAUCCAUCUCAACCUCUUCACUUCCUUUAUACUGCGUGCUGUGUCUGUUUUCAUCAAAGAUUCAGUCUUGAAAUGGAUGUACAACCCGGAAACUUUCCAUCAACACUGGGAUGAACUUAUUUCUUACCAGGAAUCUUUGAGCUGCAAGCUUGUCUUCAUGCUGAUGCAGUAUUGUGUUGCUGCAAACUAUUACUGGCUCCUGGUGGAAGGAAUAUAUUUGCAUACACUGUUGGCUUUCUCUGUCUUCUCAGAGCAACGAGCAUUCCGGACAUACCUCCUCAUUGGCUGGGGUGUGCCAUUACUCUUUGUCAUUCCAUGGGGAAUUGUCAAACACCUAUAUGAAGACACAGGUUGUUGGACCAGAAACUAUAACAUGAAUUACUGGCUCAUCAUUCGCCUUCCUAUUCUUGGAGCCAUAGGGGUGAAUUUUCUGAUUUUUGUCAGGGUCAUCUGUAUCAUUAUCUCAAAGUUACAAGCAAACCUCAUGUGCCAAACUGAUAUGAAAUGUAGGUUAGCAAAGUCCACUCUGACACUUAUUCCACUUCUGGGAACACAUGAGGUCAUCUUUGCUUUCAUUCUCGAUGAGAAUGCGAAGGGCAUGUUGCGUUAUGUUAAACUUUUCUUUGAGCUGUUCUUCACAUCUUUUCAGGGACUGGUUGUGGCCAUUUUGUACUGCUUUGUCAACAAUGAGGUCCAGGCAGAGGUUCGUAAGCGGUGGCAGCGCUGGAGGCUAGAACAUAUCUACAGACAGAGAGAGAACAGCAUGAAACCUCUAAACCCAACAUUCAGCCUUAAUAGUGGAGGGACAAGCAGCAAAACCUACAGCUAUGAAACUGUGCAACUGUAAAUGCACAUUGCUACAAAAACAGUUCCAUUAUAAAUACAUCCAGAUAUGAAACUGUGUAUCUGUUAAUGUACAUAGCUGCAAAACUGUGCCAUUGUAAAUCAUCCAGCAACAAAACUGAGCAGUUGUAAAUGCACAUACAGUAGAGUUGAUUAUCUGAACAAAUUGGGACCUAGGGUAGUUUAGAAAAUCAAACUGUUCAGAUACAACAUAAUUGAA